UCCGACGUCCUUCUCAUUCUCGUUACCAUCUUCUUCCCCCCAAUUGGUGUAUUCUUCAUCACAGGAUGCAGCUGUGAGCUCCUCAUCAACAUCCUACUCACAGCCUUGGGCUUUGUCCCCGGAGCGAUCCAUGCAUUCUGGUUGAUCUACAAGCAGAUGCAGGCGGAGGAGCGGUACGGGAGCGGAGGGUUCAUUUGUGCGCCC